AUGGGAGGAGGCGAUCUUAAUAUGAAAAAAUCCUGGCAUCCGCUCUUGAUCAAAAAUCAAGAACGGGUGUGGAAGGAAGAACAGAAAGCCUUGGAAGAACAAAAAAAGUUGGCACAGUUAAAGAAAGAAAAAGAAGAAGAAAGGCAAUUACAAGAGCUGAGAAAGUUACAGGAAACAUCUGGUGGAAGAAAGGGUCCAGAACGGCUGGAUUGGAUGUAUGCAGUCGCUCCUAAUCAGUCCAAUUCUGCAAAAGUACAAGAAAUGGAAGACUUCUUACUUGGGAAAAAACGGGUAGAUUCUUUAGUUGAACAAGGAACAUCAGCAGAUAAGAAAAUCGAACAAGCCAAUAUUAAGGCCAUAGUCACUAAUCCUCUUAAAAUGAAAGAACUCAAAGAGAAAACGAAAAGCAAAAAAGUUAAAAAGGAUAAAAAAGAUAAAAAAGAUAAAAAGAAUAAAAAGGAAAAACAUGAUAAAAUAGAUAAAACAGAUAAAAAAAAUAAAACAGAUAAAGCAGAUAAAAUAGAUAAAACAGAUAAAGAAUCUGGUCAAUUAAGGCAUUUACGAUCUCGUUCACGUUCCAGAGAUAGAGUUGAAGAUAAGGAUAGACGGUAUUUGGAACAUCAUAAUGGGUAUCAUAGAAAUUAUCAUAAUAAUCGUAUAGAAAGAAAGCGCGAAAGACGUUAUGACGACUAUGAAUAUCCACCAAGAAAGCGUAACCAGAAUAAUACAUUUUCUACCCACCGUCGAGAAGAUUAUCGAGAUGACUAUCGAGAUGACUAUCGAGAUGAUAGAUAUAAAAAUAAUAGUAAUGGAUAUUCGAAUGAUGGUUCUAAUAAAGAUGAUAAUAAAGAUACAAUGAAAAAGUUACAAGAGAUGAUAGAUAAUGCAAAAGAACUUUCAGAAAUAUUUUGA